GGGAGAAAUCGUUCCCUGAUUUUAUUAAUUUUUGUGUUUCAUUCCGAAUUUCACCUCUGAUAUCGGUGUCAAUUUAAUGUGUUGAUUACUCCACAUAAACCUGUAAUAUUAUAGGAAUUCGCGUUGACUGACCAGAGUCCGCGAAUUCUGCUUAUCAACACCUUAUCGUACCGGAUAGCUGCAAUGUCUCAAACUAUUUCGUUCGGUGACUCAUGCGCUCCUAUAACUUGUCAUGCUUGGAACAAGGAUAGGACUCAAAUCGCAUUAUCACCCAACAAUAAUGAAGUGCAUAUCUACCAAAAGGAUGGCAAUGAUUGGAAGCAGACUGAUAAUCUGGUUGAUCAUGACUUAAGGGUUAUGGGCAUUGACUGGGCUCCAAAUACCAACCGUAUUGUAACAUGUUCAGUUGACAGAAAUGCCUAUGUGUGGACACAGGGAGAUGAUGGAAAGUGGACAACAACUCUGGUGCUGCUACGUAUCAAUCGAGCUGCUACUUGCGUGAAAUGGUCUCCUAUGGAGAACAAGUUUGCAGUUGGUUCUGGUGCAAGAUUGAUCUCAAUCUGCUAUUUUGAGAAGGAAAACAACUGGUGGGUCUCCAAGCAUAUUAAAAAGCUCAUUCGUUCUACUGUUACUGCCCUUGACUGGCACCCAAACAACAUGCUUUUAGUGGCUGGUUCAGCAGAUUUCAAGGUUAGAGUUUUCUCAGCCUAUAUUAAAGAUAUUGAAGAGCAACCUGGCCCUAAUGUAUGGGGUACUAAACUCCCCUUAGGUCAACUCUUGGCCGAGUUCCCCAACUCCACCUCUGGAGGUGGUUGGGUUCACAGCGUCUCCUUCUCAGCAGAUGGAAACAAGGUGGCUUGGGUAGGACAUGACAGCUCCAUCAAUAUAGCUGAUGCUACUCAAGGAAAAACUGUCAUAAAACUAAAGACUGAAUACCUGCCAUUCCUAGGGUGUUGUUGGAUCACAAACAGCGCACUUGUUGUGGCAGGCCAUAGCUGCAUUCCACUACUGUACUGUCAUGAUGGACAGGACAUCAAGUUUGUUGCUAAACUUGACAAUACCCAAAGAAAAGAGUCUGGUGGAUUGUCUGCCAUGAAAAAGUUCCAGUCUCUCGAUAGACAGGCUCGCAUUGAGACCAAUGACACUUUUUUGGAUUCUAUUCACCAAAAUGCAAUAACUUGUAUUAAUCUCUAUAAAGGGACCAAAGCUAAUGGCGAAAAGUUCAGCACUUCGGGACUAGAUGGUCAGCUUGUCAUUUGGGAUGUGGACACCCUUGAGAAAAUGUUUGAAGGUCUCAGAGUCUAAAGAAAUACCUCCGAAUUUAUUUGUAUAAUUUUAUUUAUAAGGAUAAAUAAUCAGUUUACGUGCGAGUUCUGAAGUCACUCUAGAAAACAAACAUAUUG